AAAAUAAUUUUUACCUAUGCAACAUAAUUUUAUUUAAUUAAAUGUAAGCAAAAUGAUUUGUCGAUUGUGUUUAAAAGAAGUUGAUAAAUACAUCGCAGGCAAUAUACUGGAUGUGUCGUAUGUAAUUGGAAAAUAUUUCUGGUUUGAGCUUCAACAAAACGACCCAAUAUCAGCAGCAAUUUGUGAUAAUUGUUGGGGUAAAGUUUCUGAUUUUCAUGAGUUCUACAAAAGUAUUGAAAAAGUUCAUGGCAGGCUAAGCGAAAAUGUUAUAGUUAAAAUUGAAAGCCCUGGUAAAGAACACGCUAUAGAAAGUGUAAUGAUUCAAUCAUUUCCAUUGUCAAGUAAAAAAGAAUCUGAUGAUUAUUACACCAAAGUUAAUGACGAAGUUCCUUUUGAUAUGUUGAUUGAGAGCACUGAUGACAGUAUUCGUAAUCAAAGAAUUGAAGAUUCACGUGAUAUAUUAGGAACCGAAAGUUUUGGUGCAAACGAUUUAGAGGAUGCUGAUGGUGCCGCUACUUGCAAAGAUGAAAAAUAUUGUAGCAAUAGUGAUAACUCAUCUAAUGUUGAAGAUAUCAUGAAAGAUGGAAAAGAUAAUAAGCUAACGAAAAAGAAGAAAUUUACUAAAUCCGUGAGAACAACUGCAACUAAGAUUUCUUUGGCCAGGUUGCGACAAAAUAAUACGGAUGGUAAAAUAAAAUCAGAGAAAACUCAAAAACGCAAUUUAAAAAAAGCAAAGAAAUCACCGGAACAAUCGAAAGCAGAUAGUGACCAAAGUAUAGCAAUCGACGAAGAGAUAGCAAAGUUUAUGUCAUUACAUUGCGAUUUGUGCAAUUUCGCGGCUACGAAUUUUUACUCCCUUCAUAGCCAUAUGCACACAGAGCAUAAAAUCAAAGGUUACGUGAGAUGUUGUAAUAAGAAAUUUUCCAAACGUUUCUUAUUGCUGGAUCACGUACGCCAACAUUCAAAUCCUGAGUGUUUCAAAUGUGAACAAUGUAAUCGUGUGUAUGCUGAUCGCAAUUCUAUGCGCAUUCAUUUCCUCAGUAAACAUAAAAAAGACGAAGAUAAAAUGUUUACUUGCUCUCAGUGCCCCAAAAAAUUCUUUAGAAGAUAUUCCCUAAGACAGCAUGAAUUAGUUGGUCAUAGUGAUCACAAGAACGCAUGUUUAGCCGUUGAUGAAGAGAUAGCAAAGUUUAUGUCGCUGCAUUGUGAACUAUGCAAAACAGAAGCAAACAAUUUUACAAGUCUUAAAGGUCAUAUGCGUGCUGAGCAUAAAAUCAAAGGUUAUGUAAAAUGUUGUAAUAAAAAAUUUCGUGAACGUGGUUUACUUGUUGAGCACAUACGCGUACACUUCAAUCCCGCCUGUUACAAAUGUGAAGAAUGCAGUCUUGUUUUUCCCGAUCGACAAUCUAUGCGUAAUCAUUUCCUUAUGAAACAUCCAAAAGUCGAAGACAAGCCUUUUGCUUGUUCGCAGUGUUCCAACAAAUUUGUUACAGUAUAUUUAUUACAGCGACAUAAAGCGCUCGCCCACAGUGAUCAAUCGAAAACUUGUAGCAGUUGUUGUAAGAGGUUUGACAGUGCAGCUCAGCUGUCUGCUCAUAUCAGAGAGCAGUGUUUGUGCGAUACAUGCGCGGAAGUUGUAUGUGGGACUGUUGCCCUUCAACGCCACCUUCUAAAACAUAAAAAGAGCUUUACUGAAGGAAAGGAAACUGAAAUUCCUGAUAUUUCUAACAAGACAUCACCUAGUCAACAAGGCAAAUCAAUUCGUAAAUCCUGCGUUCUCAAUUCUUUAAGUACAAGUGAAUGCAAUACGCCAUCUGUGCACGAAAAGUUUCCAUUACAAUGUCAAUAUGCCGUUGCAUCACAAGAAAAUUGACCCACAAUUCAUCAGGGCGCGCUAAUACCUCGUUAAAUAAUAUUAGGAACGAAAGCAAAAACAAAGUCAUAUAAAAUCUUUUAAUAAAAGGCAAAGCCUGAAUUUAAAUUAAAUUAUUAAAAACCGAUUAUCACUUUCAUUAAAACAUAAGAAGCAAACUUAGAAUUUAUUACUAAUAACACUUAUGA